ACUGGAUUUAUGCUUUGGGAAAAAAAAAUAAAACCUGCCGGACUUGGUCGUACAAAUUCGAGAGGUGACGAAAUUUAUGCACAGAAGGUAGAUGUUGUGUUUACUAUGGACAACAUGGGCGUAGUUGUACUUGUAGGUGGAUAUACUAUUUCUCCCAAGUCUUAUUCCAUCGAAGUAUUAACUUUCGAUGUUCAGACUGGGGUUUUGAAAUCGACAUCUCUUUCCUCACAAAUUGGCAAUAUUAAAGAUACGAUCGUAGUAGGUGGAAGAUCAAACUCUGGAUUCAUUGUUUGGAAAGAGGGUCAAUAUAUACGUGUCAAUCGUUUGGGUAGUGAUUCUAUUGAACAAUCUUCGCUAGAGGCUAGUACUUCAGUUUAUUCUGGUGCCCUUGAUAAAAGCGAACGAUUAAUUGUAUCUAGAAUUAUAAUAGUAUCCAAGGAUCUCGUUAAGGUUGAAAUUUUUGCGCCUGCUCAUCGCUUAGCAUUAGGAAGUCAUGAAAUUUCUUAUUCCAUGGCCGCUUCUGGAGGCAUAACGAAAUCACUACUCGAUGUUACUACAAAAAAAAAUAGUCAAACUACAGCUGUGGCUUAUCGCAUGCUCGUAACUUCUGAUGAUGGUUCUGUUCAUUUUUUUAAAGAAGAUAGCAUUGCUUGGAACAAGGAAGAAUCUCUCUCACACGCCAUAGAAGUAGAGUUUCUCGAUUUACCAGAGAAAAAGUUAUGGACUCAAGAAGUCGACGAGCUCGUGGCUUUAGAUACUAGUAAUAAAGGGCAAAUAGUUUGGUCUCGGUAUUUCGGUGGCAUUGUAUCCGAAUUUCAGAAAAUAUUUGUCGUUAGAUCAUCUACUGUCAAAUAUCCACCCGUUGUCGUUGCGAUAGGGAUACAAAAAAAAACCGACAAAAGCAACAUAACCUGUCUUUUCAGAUUAAACGCACUUACUGGGGAAGAUUUUAUUACGGAUCAUGAAAUAUACACGCCUACAGACAAUAAUAUCUCUUUUAGUAUUCCUACAGUCGCUCGUCGAAUUUUUAAAUUGCCAGUAGAAGAACCUGAUGAAAGAACUCAUAUAAUUGCAUUGCUAGAUGAAGAUUUAAAGGCAAGGUUAAUCUCAUUAAAAGCUUUCCAAAAGUUUGCAGCAUCAUUCUAUUUUGCAUUAUCCGAUGGUAUUGGUAGUAAAAGCUUGAAAGGAUAUAGCGUUGCCAUUGAUAAAGUUUCACAGCCUUUCAAUAUUAAUAGACUUUGGGAACUUAAUUUUCCAGAAGGAAAUAAUAUUGUGGCAAUUGGACAUAGGCCUAGUCAUGAUCAAGUUUUCGGUUUACCUAAAAGAUUUCUUGAUCCACGAAGACCACAACGUGCUCUAACGAAUGAAGACAAGGAAGAAAUGCUGAUACCUUAUGAACCAGCGAUUUCUGAUAAUAAAAAGUUUAUUUUAAGUUAUAACCUACCGAUUUACGGAAUUCGUCAUAUUACAACAUCACCUGCUCUUUUAGAAUCAACCUCACUUGUACUUGCAUAUGGUUUAGAUUUGUGGUUUACGCGAGAAGCACCUUCCAAAACCUUUGAUGUUCUAAGCGAAGACUUUAGCAAGGGAACAUUAUUAGCAACCAUUUUAGGAUUGGUUAUAGGAAUUCUUGUAACAAAACCAUCG